AUGGCUCCCUUAUCGACUCAUCGUGUAUCGAAAAUUGAUACAUCGGGGGAGACUCAGCUUUCACAACUGGCUGAAAUGGACCCAGCGGAGAGACGAAGAAUACAGAACCGCAUUAACCAACGGGCGAGCCGCCAGAGAAGGGCGCUAAAGUCCGGCAAAGGCGCAACGAAUCAGCCGAGCCGAUGGGUUAUUUACACAGGGGAGGCCCAAGAGGCUCAGAAGCCGGAAGGGCCUGUGGCGUCUAGUAGCCCCGUUUUACAACUAGAAACACCACCACCAACCCCGCCGGAAGAAAUAUCCCUGAUUGACAAAGAUGGAAGAAUAAGCUUCGAGGCUAUCAAAUCAUGGAACACCAGCAAAUUUGAUUUGGUUUGCCAACUAGAAAGAAAGGUCGCGUCUGCAGCAGCCUUGAAACUCGAUUACAUUCACCUUCUUGCACCGGUCGCACAUCUCAACGUUAUUUCAGCGUUACUUAAUAAUGCUUCGAUCAUGGGGAUGAGUAUUGAGUUACUUGAAGAGGAUAUCGCAUCUUUGUUCAAUAUUGAUGGGCCAAUGGAGUUGAUUUUACCGCCAAGUCUAGAGCCAAGCUCGACCCAAAAGAAAAUCAUUCAUCACCCCUGGAUUGACCUUAUACCUAUGGCGUCCUUUCGCGAUAUGCUAUUGAAAAAUAUGGACAGAUAUGACGAGGAUGAGUUUUGUGGGGAUCUGCAUGGUCAAAUUGGUGUCUCGGAUGGCAUUGGAUUAAUUGUAUGGGGAGAAUCAUGGGAUCCCAACGCAUAUGAGAUCUCGGAAUCUGUAUUCAGGAAGUGGUACUGGAUUUUGAAAGAGUGUCCGGAGAUUUUGAAAACUACAAAUUAUUGGAGGAGGGUACGUGGCGAAAAGCCGUUGAGAUUUGAUCAGGCUGCUAGUAGUACAGGAUUUGUACACCCAGAGGAAGUUCAAGAAUAA